UAUCAGUGCCAAUAUUUGGAAGAAGUAUACCUAGCUGGUGGAACUGGAAGUAUACCUAGCCUUGCUUUAAUAUUUAAUUUUCUUUACUGCUUUGAUUUGACUUUUGAUAUGGCAUCCCGUAAUCUCAGUGACUCCAGCGAUGAUCCGGACGAUCCGGGACCGCGCCGUCCGGCGUUCGGCAGCUCGGCCAAGCGCCGCGCGCCGCCGUCCGGUCCGACCCGCUCUCCGGACCUGCAGAUGCCGACCCUGGCCGGCGCUGGGGGUCGGUCGUUCUCCAGCGACGAUGACGGCCCGGUGCCGCCGCCGGAGCAGCGCUGGCCGGACAGUUUCCCUGCAAAGAAACGACACCACUCGCCCGAUAGAGAGGAUUCGCAACUGAAGCUGCCGCCCGUCAAAAAGAAGAAAACGGUGGCCGAGUACAGCUCGGUGGCACAGAAAAUGAUGGCGGGCAUGGGUUUCAAGCACGGCAGCGGUUUGGGUAAGUCCGGCCAGGGCAUCGUCGACCCGGUGGAGGCCUCCACACAGCGCGGCCGGCGCGGUCUGGGCCUGCAGCUGCCCGGUCUGGAGCCGGCCACCGACCUCGAGUGGGACCCCGCCGACGAAGUUGUGGAGGUGGAGGAGAGCAUCUCGUGGAUGCCCUCCUACGACCAGGAGAUCCCCUCGCUGGAGACGAUGCUGGACUGGAUGGAGGAGGGACCUCGGAAAAAGGAGCUCGAUGGCGAGACAGAGUUCUGUUCGGCCAAAGUCCUCUCAGACGUGCUCAACUGCAAGAGCGUGUUCGACCAGCUACAGCCGGAUGAGAUGCGGCGCGCUCGCAGCCGCUCCAACCCGUUCGAGUCGAUCAAGGGCGUAUUCUUUCUGAACCGAGCCGCCAUGAAGAUGGCUAAUAUGGACGCACGGUUCGACUUCAUGUUCACCAAACCUACACACCCGGACGGGGGCGACCAGCUGGGCGACAACGACAUCCUCUAUUUCGCCGACGUGUGCGCCGGCCCGGGCGGAUUCUCCGAGUACGUCCUAUGGCGCAAACGGUGGCGCGCCAAGGGAUUCGGAUUCACGCUGAAGGGAGAGCACGACUUCAAGCUGCACGACUUCCACGCCGGGCCGGCCGAAACGUUCGAGCCACACUACGGUGAGGGCGGAAUCCAGGGAGACGGGGACGUGUUCCGCCGGAAGAACCAGCAGGCGUUCCGCAACUACGUGCUCAGGCGGACAGGCGGACUCGGCGUCCACUUCAUGAUGGCAGACGGGGGUUUCUCGGUGGACGGACAGGAGAACAUUCAGGAGAUUCUCUCCAAGCAGCUGUAUCUCUGCCAGUUUCUCACUGCGCUCAACAUUGUGCGGACAGACGGCCACUUUGUGUGCAAGCUGUUCGACCUGUUCACGCCGUUCAGCGUCGGUCUGGUCUACCUUAUGAGCAUGGCGUUCAGGGAGGUGUGCAUCAUGAAACCCAACACCAGCCGGCCGGCCAACUCGGAAAGGUUCAUCAUCUGCAAGUGGCGCCGACCGGACACGGACGACAUUCGGGAGUACAUGGACCGGAUCAAUCAGCGACUGGAGCAGCUGGGCUCCGUCUCUGCCGAGGACGUCACCAGCAUAGUGCCGCUGAACGUGCUGAAGGAGGACGCCGCCUUCUGCGACUACAUCACAGAGUCCAACAAUGUUCUCGGCGAGCGUCAGAUCACCGGUCUGACCAAGAUCCGCACUUUCUACCGGGACACCUCUCUGCGAGAGGACCGGCAGCAGGAGCUGCGCCAGCAGUGUCUCUCCGUGUGGAAGGUACCGGAUCGAGCGCGCACCUCCCGGCCGCCGGCGCAGCGCCCAGAGGCGGCGCUCCGCCAGAUGGGGGCGGAACACGAGCUGGAGGCGGCCGCCGCUGGAGGAGUGAGGCUCGAUCAGAAGACGCUGCUCAGUCAUGUGCGCUCUCAGUUUGACUGGAGGGGCAUGCUGCUGGGGGUGGAGCCCGAUACGCGCCGAGACAGGUUCUUCGUGCUCGGUCUGGGCCGUAAGAACGUGUGGCGGCGCGGUCUGACCGAGCCGCAGUGGAGUAAGCUGGACGGCGUGGAGCUGCCGGCCGAGACGCUGGCUCUCGCCGAGCUGGUUCCCGAGCUGCGCGGCCGGCUGGCACAGCCCCAGGCGCAGCGGCGCGGCCAGGCGCUCCACCUGAUGGACGCGGCGGUGCUCGGCGGAGAGGACGUGCGUCGAAUGCCGCUGCCGCGCCGACUGGCCGCCUGCACCGCGUUCGCCGCGGCCGUCAACAAACCCACACGGUCGGAUCUGGCACCGGUGCGCUGCAAGAAGCCGUAUAAGAUGGAGGAGCUGCGCGGGCUGCUGGAAGGUUUCGAGCGGUGCCCGGUGAAGGGCUCUCACGGCCUCCAGCGUCUGGUCCAUGUGGUCGAUGAGGGCGAGGGGCCCGACGAGGUGGUGUUCUUCGUGCCCACCGGUCUGAUGAUGCUGCGCAGCACCAGAGACCCGUGGACGGUAUCGUUCAGCCGCACCCAACAGCGCCACUACUGGUUCGACCGGCACCACAACAAGAGCUCCUUCACCGUCCCGGACGGCUCUGUGGCUGAAUUCCGACACUCGUUCCGCUCGCGGCUCGUGUGGCCGUGGAGGACAGACGGGAUCGGGGUGGCCGAGCCGGCCCCGCCCGAGUCGCCCGUUCUGUGCAGGGAGGCGGUGCUGAGCCAUUUGGCGCUGCCUCCCCACUGAGGGACGGGAGGUCAGUGGUUCUGGCGCUGCCUCCCCACUGAGGGACGGGAGGUCAGUGGUUCUGGCGCUGUCGUCUCACUGAGGGACGGCGAGAGGUCAGUGGGCUUAGCGCUCUGAUGGACGGAGAGAGUCAGCAGCGAACGGGCAGAGCUCCAGACGCCAAGCAUGAAUAAUUCGUCCCAUGGGGAUCGGCGGCUGGAUGGGUUAAACUACUGAUACAUCACCCCUAGGCGCCAAGCAGGGUCAUUUUGUCCAUUCGGCAUGGGAACGCUUCCAUUUGAGGCAUGAACUGUCAUGAGUCAGUCUGCCGUCGAAACCACUCGGUCACGAGAGAGAAACUCCGUCCGCUUACGUACAGAGGGACUUCGAUAAGGGGUCAGUUAGUCCUGAUGGUACCCUCUACUCUCCGUGAGUCUUCCCUUAUUUGCGAGUGAGGCAUUGCUCCAGGAUAGCGUCCUGUCCACCGACUGUUCAGAAAAGGUGAAAGAUGUGAUCGACUCCACUGCAGUGUCUGGUAAGGGAUGUGGCGAUACGGUAUGGGUUGAUCGCGGCAGGGUCUGGCUGUGCGGGGUUGUGCCGAAACGGUUUUCUGAGGGCGUGAAACGCUGGAGUCUGUCCGUUUACUUGCCAAUCGGAAAUGUGAUCGUAGUAAGAUUUGCUACGUUAGGAAACCUACUGCGUGAUGAAUGAUAAACUUGUUUUGAUAGUAUAGACUUCUGCCUGUGGUAUUUGAUGACCGAAUGAAUGUCAUUUCGACGGUGUGACGUAUGGAACGUUUCUACGUCUGAGGAUCUCGGCAGUUGACAUAUGCUGUAAGGAGUUUUGUCCGGUGUCUGCUCUACUGAAGGGUUAGGAAGGGCGCGGCCCUGUUUACGUUGUGAUUUGUUCCCUGCGUUUUUAACCGAUGUUGGCUGAAGUGUUUGAUUCUCGAGUUGUAGGACGGUGUGUUUUUUUUUUUUUGCUGUUUAGUUUGGAAAAGGCCUGCAUUGUGCCUUACUGUGCCGAUGUGAUCACUGUAGUGUUGAUAACGUCUCACAGAGUAUGCCCCUUCCGUUGCGGGUGAUACGCUCCAGUUACCUGCCAUCGCUUAGUGCUUGUGUCCAUUGUGAAUCAGGGUUAUCACUUAUCGUCUGACGUUUUCCUUAGCAUGCUUCUUUUUCAGGGGGAAGACCGUUAACCAUGGUGUUAUCAGCCAGUUUGUACAGUGCAAUGGCUAAUAAGCUUUUUCAGUGAUUUUGUGUACUGAAGAUUAAAGCCGGAGUUCAAAAUGCUUGGUACAUUUCGUAUGACUCCAUGUAGCUGGGCUUCACAGCAGGGGCGUCGACACCGGUCCGACUUUUCCGACUAGUCGGACCACUUUUUCGACUAGGCGGUGCCCUGCUGUGGCUCGCGGGGGCCCCUGCUGCAGACCGCGGGGGCCCUACUGCGGCUCGGAGGGCCCUGCUAGAGACCGCGGGGGCCCUGCUGCGCCUCUGGGGCCCUGCUAGACACCGCGGGGCCCUGCUGCGGCCCGCGGGGUCCCCUUCUGCGGCCGCGGGGGCCCCUGUUGGGGCUCUCGGGGGGCCCUGCUGCGGCCACGGGGGCCCCUGGGGGCUCCCACCGGUGGGGGCCCCCCGAGAAAAAGUCGGACCAGUUUUCCUUACGCGUCGACGCCCCUGCUUCACAGUCCACAUGGCGCUAAGCUCCAACUCGAAAUUUAGCACUGCCAACUGUGCUUUUCUGCUGCCAAGGACUCCUUGUCGACCGCCGUGAUGUGUUUAGAAAUGUACUGGGCGACGGGUUUGCCACUUGUUCCAAUACACGUCCUGUGUCGCUA